UUUUGAUUUAUAUUUGCCAUGUAAUACAUCAGCAUAUUUCGUGGAUAUCUCUUUAUAUGUCAUACUAUAUGUAUAUAUUAUUGUAUAUGUGACUGAUGCCUCUAUGAGGCCCAGCAUUUUCAAUAAACUGUUCAAACUGUUCAAACUGGAAUAAUCUUAAGAAAUUUACUUUCGAUUGUUUUGAUACUAGGAAGCCCUAAAGAUGUCAAAAUUGGAACAAGUUCUUCUUAUUGAACCAUCGAAUGAACUAGUUUUUCGAGGUCCAUUCAAUGAAGUGGUUACAGCUGAUUUGAAGUUAACCAACCCCUCAGAUAAACGAGUAUGUUUCAAAGUGAAAACUACAGCACCAAAGCGAUGCUGUGUCAGACCAAACAGUGGUGUCAUAGAGUCAAAGGGUUCAGUCACAGUGGCUGUUAUGCUUCAACCAUUUGACUAUGAUCCCAACGAAAAGAAUAAACACAAGUUUAUGGUGCAAACAAUGUUUGCUCCUGAUGGCAAAAUAUAUAAUCAAGAACAAUUAUGGAAGGAUGUAUCACCAGACCAGUUGAUGGAUUCUAAGUUGAAAUGUGUGCUAGACCCCACUGGGAAUUUAUCAUCACAGAGUUCAGUGGUUGCAGAAGAAAAGGUAAAAGCUGUUAAACAAGAAAACGUACAUACACGGCCUGACCUCCCAAUCCCCCGCGAGGCCAGUCCCGCGUCAUCCCAAAAAGCAUUAAUAGCAGUGGCAGUAGAGUUCAAUAUGGAGACAUCAAGACUGGCAUUCUGCUCUAUACACGAUUACAAUGAAGGUUCGUUAAGACUAAAAUGCAAGAUAUGGUCAACAAUUGAUAGUUUUCAAACUAUAUCAGCGCCUAUUACUGUUAUCAUUAAACCGGAUGGCAAAACUUUACAUGGAUAUGGAUAUGACGCGGAAAGUCUUUAUGAUAAACUUGAACUAGAAAACAAACACAAGUAUUAUAUUUUCAAAGACAUUUCAGUAAAAUUGGUAAAAUCAUUUAAAGAGACCAGCGACGUUCAUCUGAUAGAUGAAAAUGGAAAAACACUGCCGGCCUUAACAGUAUUGACACUUGUUAUAAAAUUCUUCAAAACUGAAAUUCAAAGACUUUGCAAACAUCAUUUUGAAGAGGACAAAUACUACGUAAUUAUCGUACCAGAAGUAUUUCAAGAAAUUGGGGCGAUAGAUUUUGUAAGGGCAGCUGCUCUUGAGGCUGGAAUAAAUGUGAAACAGUUAGCUGUUGUAACAGAGAUAGACGCGGUAUCUUUGUUUCACCAGAAAGAAACACAUAACAAGAAAUCUAGCAUUGGAAAGAAAUUCAUGAUUGUCAAUGCUGGAAGCUAUUUUACAACCUUUGUUGUACAUGAGUCUACAGAUCUUGGAAUAGUAAAAGAAAGUACUGCUGUUGAAAUAAAAGAAGGGGGAGGCAAAGAGUUAAAGAAAGCAUUCAAGAAGUUUUGUAUUAAGCUUUUUGGACAAGACGGAUGUAUAAAAUUUAAGUCAGAAUCAAAAGGAGAAUGGUCGCAGUUGAAAAAUGAAUUCCUACAGAAAACAUUCUUGUUUGAUCCAGUAACAACAACUAUUGUCAGGAUAAAAUUGCCAUCACUUCUCUUGCAAGAAUUAGAGAAAAAAAAGCGCUCAUCCAAAUUUUCUUCAAGACAUAAAUCAGAAACUUUUGAAAACAUUUCGGUUUCAUCUGAUAAAAUAUGUGUUACCACUGAAAUGAUGCAGACUACUAUUGAUCCAUCCGUACAACAAGUCAUAUUUGAUAUAGACAAAGCCAUGUCGACUUCAGCUGAUGUUGAUACAGUCGUUGUCUUUGGAGAGUUCGCGAAACUACCAAUGUUGAAGAAUGGAGUAAAAAAGACUUUGUUCAACAAGGAUGUUGUAUUUUAUGGAGAUGACACCGAAGCGGCUUUGAAAGGAGCAGUUGUAAUUGGUCUUGGUUUUGGUCAGAUUGAAAAGAUUGAUAUGGUUCAUAAUUCAGCUAUUGUAGCUGCAAUUGAUUUUGGUACUACUUUCUCUGGUUGGGCUUAUUCUCUUCGUGCAAACUUCGACUCAGAUCCGACAAAGGCAUUUACGAAACUUUGGAACUCAGGCUCUUACCAAACGGAAAAGACCCCAACAUGCAUCCUUAUAGGACCAGAUGGAAAUACAGUCGAAGCUUUUGGAUAUGAAGCUGAAGAUAAAUAUCAAGAUUUAGCUGCAAAUGAAGAGCAUACAGAUUUUUAUUACUUUGAACGUUUUAAGAUGUUGUUAAACAUAAAGCUUGGAGAGAAGCUAGAUAGAAACAUGACACUAGAAGACGCAAUGAACAGAUCGAUGCGUGCUAUGGACGUAUUUACAAUGAGUAUUAAGUUUCUCAAAGACGAUUUUUUAGGUAUUUUGCCCGACAAACAUACUGGAAACGUCAGGCUGGAUGAUAUACACUGGGUAUUAACAGUGCCUGCAAUUUGGAAUGAUGGAUCUAAACAGUUUAUGAGGGAAGCUGCGAUAAUGGCUGGAAUCAAGGGAAAAAGACUAACAAUAGCUUUGGAACCAGAAGCUGCCUCGAUGUUUUGUCGUAACUUACCAAUAGAAGCUACAACAUCCAAAACGGGUGUCAGUAUUUCCUCGUUAUCAGUCGGAACACAGUAUCUGGUCCUAGAUGCGGGGGGUGGAACGAUUGAUAUAACAGUACAUGAGGUAGAUAAUGAUAACAAUAUAAAGGAAAUACAUGCAGCAAGUGGAGGUGGAUGGGGUGGCACUAUCGUCGAUAAAGAAUUCAAGCAGUUAUUAGUCACUUUAGUCGGAAGAGAUGUUUACGAGGAGUUUAAACGGGACCAUACAGAUGACUGGCUUGAUAUCUGGAGAGACUUUGAGGUCAAGAAAAGAACGAUAACUACAUCUUCAGAUUCACCGCUAAGAAUGAGACUUCCUUCCUCACUAACAGAUAAGUAUUAUCAUGCCACAAAAGAAAAAUUACCCGAUGUUUUGAAAAAAUCAGAAUAUGCAACUGACAUUAAAAUUAUCAGGGACAAAAUAUCAUUUUCAUCAGAACUUGCAAGAUCGUGGUUCAGAACAUCUGUCGACCGCACAGUGCACAUGGUGCAAAAUAUCAAAGUAUUUAGCAAACAUGCAGAAGUAGAUCAAAAGGUUAAAGUUGGGGAACCACAAGUCUGGCGUGCCUACAAUCCUCAAUAUAAAUCUCAAAGAAAUAUGUCAUUUUCUGUGUUUUCAUCAGACAUGCCGAACCCGAUUUACACAGACAAGGGAUGUACUUUGAUUGGGAAGUUGCAGAUAGACUUAGAUGAUCAUGACGGGGCAUUGGAUCGGGAGGUUUUAGUUGCCUUCACAUUCAGCGGAACAGAAAUAGUUGUUGAAGCAAAAGAUAAGAAAACUGGGAAUCAGUCAAUUCUGGCUGUUGACUUUCUUGGAUAA